CCAACAAAGCAUCUGCUAGAAUUUGACAUCUUAUCUACGCCAUUUUUACUUGACGCGUCAACUUGUUAACAUUGUUCUUUUAAUUUUUCAAAGUAAUUAAAUAACACCAAAAUCCAAACAAAAUGAAAAUAUCCGGACGUAAAACAAGUUCUGCCUAUGAAUUAUAUGGUUUUAUACCAAAAGUGGAAAAUGGAAAACAUUCAGCGAUUUGUACAUCGUGUAAUCGUGUAUUACAAAAUACCGCGGCUGUACGUAUGCAAAGGCAUAGAAUUUCUUGUUUAGCUGCUCGUGCUAUUGGUGAUCCUGUAUAUUUACCAAAUAUAGAAGUUAAGAAACGACAGAAGACCGCAAAAACUGAAGCAGUUCAACAAAAUGAAAACCAAAAUGCUAAUGUUAAAAUUGAACAAAGUAAUAUGGAUUUUGAAGAUGCAAAUAUUAAUGAUAAUGCAAAUGAUAACACAACAUAUGAGGAUACCGUAGAUGCUACAAAUCCAUCAAAAAGAUCACGCAUAACCUCCUUACAUGAUGAAAUGAAUAAUACUUCUACUAUUUUACAUAAAUCAAUAGAGCCCAGCAACACCUUAGAACAAGACGAAAAUCCCAUACAAUCGCCCUUAAUGACACAUCCCCAACCACCAGAACCAUUUGAAUCUUAUCAUGCUGCCACUACUACCACCAACACAACUUCAGCUCACGAUAUUGAUGAUGAGAUCGAAGAAAUCAAUGAUGAGGAUUUAAUUGCUAUAGAAGAAGAACUAGAUGUUAUUCAAAAUUUAAUGCCACGUUCUAAAGAAUCGAAACAACUGCUGGAUGAACUGUCUAAAGCUGAGACAGAAUACUAUCGCAGUAAGACUGCCUAUUUUACAAAACUAACUGAAAAUUGUAAAAUUAAGCGAACAUUAAUGUUAUUGGAAUCACGUAAAUUACAAUUGGAAAUCGAAAGACUUACCAAUGAAUCCUAGUUUGUUUUACCACUAUGUUUUUUUUAUUAAACUAGUUUUUAAUUAAAACCUUUAUACCUUGCAAUACAUUAUAUAAUUUUCAUUCAAGGUUAACGAUGGAAAUUAAUAAUUUUAAAAUUUAGAAUUUUACUACUACAUAAUAUUAAAUAAUAAAAAAAAACAUGUUAUAAAAAAUCACAAAAA